GCGCGCAAGGUCGCCGUCGUGCUCAAGACCCCGGUGACCGAGGAGACCAUGUGCCAGGUCAAGGGCGGGAUCCUCGUGACGCCGUGGCACCCCAUCGCGGGGGACAGCGACGCCAAGGCAUGGGGCUUCCCCGCGUACGUGACUCAGCGUAACGUGCGGUACACGGGCUUCGUGUACUCGGUGAUGCUGCAGCGCGGCGAUGGGAACCCGAGAGCCCACGCGCUGAGGGUCGGCGACGUGUGGGGGGUCACGCUGGGCCACGGGCUCGUCUCCGGCAACGACAGCCGGGCGCACGCCUUCUUCGGGGACUACCGGCGGGUCGCCAAGGCGUUCCUGGGCAUGGGCAUCGACAAGGCUGGGGUUGUGGUCGGGGCUGGUGUCGAGAGGGACAGGAGGACGGGUGUGGUAUCGGGCAAUACUUCUAACGAUAUCUCCGACACGACUGUUAACAAUGCUGCCGACAUUACUUACUCGAGAUGGAUCUCACAAUAG